AUGAAGAAAGAGUUUCUGAGAGGGUGCCUUCAUAAGUGGAAGGAAAUGAAGAGUCGAGUCAUACCCUGUAGUGCCUGUGAGUGUUGUCGUAAAUGGGCUUUAGGGUCGUCCAUGCGUGAAAGAAGAUCAAUCCCAAGUGAUGUCCCGAAGGGUCACCUUGUUGUCUAUGUAGGGGAGAAUUUCAAGAGAUUUGUAAUCAAGGUCACUUUACUAAACCAUCCACUCUUCAAGGCAUUGCUGGAUCAAGCUCGGGAGGAAUACGAUUUUGUUUCUUAUUCAAAACUUUGCAUCCCUUGCGACGAGCAUCUUUUCCUCAGUGUCCUUCGCUGUGCUAGCUCUCUGAACAAGAUGAAAGGAGCGAGUCUCUGUGUUUGAUAAAUCAGACGUUGAGAUAUUAAUUGCGUCCAGUUUCUUUCUAACAAGUAUGCUGAUCUAUAAUAUGUAGCCAUAAUACGUUGUGGUUAGAUGUAGGCACAAGUGUCAUUUAGCUCACCUGUGUAAAUCAAUUCUAUUUG